AUGAACAAAACCCUGACCACUCAUGCUGCCAGCUUCAUGGGUGUUGUUGUUCCAACAAGUAAUGAAAAAGCGGGACAGCAAUGUAAUGCUGUAGUACUAGUUUCUUUGUCGGAAGAAGAAAUGGAAUCAUUCAAUGAAGAUGAUGAUGAUGGUAGUAAUGAAUCCAUGCCGAUGAGAACAACAACAAGAAAUGAAAAGAAAAAGGAAGAAACUUUUCCAAAGAAGAAGGAGUCCGUACAAGUAGGUACUGCUAUUAGUAAUAACCGAAACGGACCAAUUAGUACAACCACUACUCUUGAGCACCAUCAACAAACCAAGAAAAGAAUCAAUCAUUAUCGCCACCACAAUGGCUCCACAAUGAACCUGUUGAUAAAAACUUUUUUUCUUGUGGCCAUGAUGAUUGUUUUGUUGAGUGCUUGUUCGAACACUGUUGAAAGAAUGUUUUGGAAACGAUUGGAACCUAAUAGCAACACUCACUUCUCAACAUGCCCUGAGAACGGUUUCAUGUUUGUGAGCGGUGCUCGCCUUUUUCUUACCCUCAGAACAACAAACCUUUUCAACCUCAAAGAAAUUAUGAACGAUGGGACGGAUGGCAGCAGUAGUGAAAUUCCAGAAAUGUGUAUCGAUUAUGUGAAGAAUCAUACAAAUCAUACAGCAACUCCCACAACCGGAGAGGGAGAAGAACAUUUAGAAUUGUGGCAAUACAUUGUCUAUUCGAUUGCCAGUUUGAUAUUUAUUUGUGGUGCUGGCCUCAUGUCUGGCUUCAAUUUAGGUCUCCUCUCCAUUGAUACCAUACAAUUGGACAUUCUCAAAAAAACAGGUACAGAACGAGAAAAGAAAUAUGCAGCACGUUUGGCACCAAUUUUAAAGAAUCAUCACUUGUUAUUGGUGACCUUGUUAUUGUGGAAUGCCGUAUGUGUCGAAUGUUUACCCUUGUUUUUGGACAAAAUUGUUCCCGAGUAUGUUGCCAUUAUUUUGGGUAUUACAGCUGUCUUGUUGUUUGGUGAAAUUAUUCCUCAAGCGGUCAUUACAAGAUAUGGAAUAGCCAUUGGAGGUACAAUGUAUUGGUUUGUGUGGAUUUUGAUUGCUGGUGCGUUUGUGGUUGCAUGGCCAGUCGGCAAAUUGUUGGAUUGGAUUCUUGGAGCAGAUCACGGAACCUUUUUCAAGAGAACAGAAUUGAAGGAACUCGUCAAUAUUCACCUCAAAGCUCACGACCCUAAAUAUCAUCUCACCGAACACGAAGCAAAAAUUUUGGGAGGUGCCUUGGAUUUUGCUCGAAUCUCUGUGAGUCAAAUCAUGACAAAAGUUGAAAAUGUCUACAUGUUGGAUGUGGAUGGAAAACUCGAUGUAGAUAGCAUGACCAGUAUUUGGCAAGCGGGUCACUCACGUAUUCCAGUCUACAAGGGAAAUAAGAAUAAUAUUAUUGGUAUGCUCUAUGUGAAGGAUUUGAUAUUGAUCAAUCCAGAAGAGUCUUUACCAAUCUCGACCAUUCUCACCUUCUAUGGUAGAGAAGUGCUAAAGGUCUUUCCAGACACGUAUUGCGAUGAAAUGUUGAAGAUUUUCAAAUCUGGUAAAACACACAUGGCCAUUGUUCACGAGCCAAUGGAACCUGAGAGUGGAGGAGAUCCCUACUAUGCCAUUGUUGGCAUUGUGACACUUGAAGAUAUUAUUGAAGAAAUUAUUAAGGAUGAAAUUGUGGAUGAGACUGAUAUUUAUGUUGACAAUACCUCUCUCUCCAAAAUUAAUCGUCCCCAAAACAGCAUUCUCCUCAAACUUGAAAGAAUUCACAGACUCACUCCAAAACAAGUUCUUGCAGUCAGCUCCUACUUGUGGAAGAGUUCUCCCAUCUUUAGAAUACUCCCAGAAGACUGUCUACAUAAAUUGCUGGGUAAAUGUGCCGUUGUAGACCUUAAAAAGACACCCGAUCAUGAAAUUUACAUCACCGAAAAGGGAAAGGAAUGUGACCACUUUACAUUGAUUUUGAGUGGUAAAAUUGAGGUCAUAUUUGGAGAGGACAAAUUUGUCUCUGAGAUGGGACCUUGGAGUUUAAUGGGAGAGCGUGCAUUGACCAAAGAAAAAUUCAUUCCUGAUUUUGAUGCUCGUGUCGCAAGGGACACCUCAAUUGUCAAAAUUGCAAAGAAAGACUUUAUUGAAAUUAUUUCUCAAGCCAUAUCUCAGGAUAAUGCAUUUAUAUUACCUGCCGAAUUCGCAUGGAUGAAUCCAUAUCUCACAAAUUCGAAACAAUUACCACCAGCAUCUCCGCACAUUUUCAGAAUUACCAAGCCAACCAGUUCCCAUAAUAAUAUUGCGUCCAAUGAGUCUCACCAUCCUCCUCAUUUGCCCUCUUCCACAAAGAAUCCAUCCUCUCAUAAUAUAUCAUCAGCGACAGUAAUGGGUGGAGAUUCACUUCCUCCAAAAACCACAAGUACCAGCAAUAGUAGUCAUGAAGUGGACAAAUUACUGAGCUCUGUUUCGUCGAGAGAUGAUUUGAUAUCGACACAUUCUGCAGCGGUUGUUGUUGACAUUGAUGAUGAUCAUACUGCUGCCAAGGGAUUCUUCUCGACAGAUUCUUAUGAAGCCCUUCCAAAACAGCAACAAGAUGAUGAUGACAUGGUAUAG